CUGUUAACGCACUCAAGUGGAACCGUUUCCAUUGCAACGCACCUGUUGUGAACCAAUAGUCGUGCUUGCAUGCCGCAUUCCUAAUUCAAACCAAUCCGUCUUCACAAGGGCGCGAAAACAGCAGUCCCAAAGCAGAUUUUGAUUCUGUCUUAUAAAAUGUGUUGUGAUGGCAGAAGUCCAUGUGCUGGGUCAAAUCAAGGGCGCCAGGGACUUUGAUAAACCCUCCCUUUUUUGCAGGCACUGGUUGGAAGGUAGUGACAGGUCUGAAAGAGGGACAGACUCAAAGCGACACCCCUUCCUGCAGUAAUAGUUGUAUUUGGGCUCACCCCAUUGACAUUCACUUACAUACAAAGGGUCUUCAGGAUUGGCCAAAAUUAUUAUUUGAAGUUCACCAAGUGGACAAAUACGGGCGAAGUGAACUUGCUGGUUACGGCUUUUGCAAUAUUCCUUCAUCACCAGGUCUCCACAACCUAGUUGUGCCUACGUGGAGACCUAGAGGGUCGGCCAGAGAUCGAUUCCGUCAGUUUUUUCUUGGCGGGAGCACACAGUUAACUGAACCUAACCUAGUGUGCACCAGCGAAGACCGAUACCAGUUGUCUACAGAAUCUAUGGGCAACGUUCUUCUAGAGCUUGGAAUUGUCUUAAGAAACUUUAAGAACCAAGGAGUUGAAAUAUGAAAAUGCGCCGUACUUUAUUUUCUUCCACGAUUUUUCUCUUGCUAUUAGUGGUGCCAUUUGUGCUAAGCCAAAAUGGAACAGAAUUUGCUGAAGAUGAAGAAGAGACCACGGAGGAAAUCUAUGACGAAGCAGAAUUCAAUGCCACUG